GGUGGAAAACGUGGACGUGAUAGAUACUGUGUUUUUUUUUUUCUUUAGCUGUUAACUUUGAGCUGCUGAACAAAGAUUAAUGAUCCAAGAGUUACUUCCUGUAGCUACAGAUGGCUCUGGGAGGGUAAUCCUCUUUCAAAUCAAUCCAAUUCCAACUUCUACACACAUGGAUCCAUUCAAGGGAGAAUUAGCCUAAUUGAAUUAUUAGUGUUACUGUCUUCUACACGGGCAGAACAAUACUUGCAAGUCUUUAAGAUGUUGUGAACUUAAAUUCCAAAAGCUUCAGUAGAAAACAAGAACAAAAAGAAAGAAAGGGAUAUGAGAUGUGAAGGGUGCUGUCUGUGUUUACCUGCGUGGAUAACAAAGCUUUGAUGUGCUGUCACUGUCUCCCUGCUGCAUGAAUCAACGGCUGAGGGGUGAGGAAAAAUAAAUCAGAGCUUGGCCUGGAUUUUUCUACAGCUGCCACACACAGGGAAGGACAGUACAGGGGACAAGGGACACUGGGAUGAGGCUGGAAUGCUUUUCGGUCCAUCAAGUAUGAUCUGAGUGAGCAGAAUGCAGAGUGCUUCAUUGGGCUAUUCGGGUCUCACUUUCCCAUUUAACGAUGACCAGCCUCUGCCACCAGUGAGCAGGACGGCCACCAAUGUGACCGAGUCCACCCCAGCCAAGAAAAUCACCUUCUUCAAGAGCGGAGACCCUCAGUUCAGUGGGGUCAGGAUGGCCAUCCACAAGCGCAGCUUCAAGUGCUUUGACGCUCUGCUUGACGACCUCUCCCACAAAGUGCCGCUCCCGUUUGGGGUGCGCACCAUCACCACCCCCCACGGCACCCACUGCAUCAACACGCUGGAGCAGCUGGACGAUGGAGGCUGCUACCUCUGCUCGGACCGCCGGCAGGUCAAGCCCAUCAAUGUGGAGGCUGCUGGGAGGAAGCCGGCUCCCUGGCAAAGUAGCCACCCAGCCGACAGCAGCAGACGCCCCUCACGGCCGGAGGAGCUCCCAGGGAAACAGGUGUCUCACAGGCACCCCAAGAGGAUUACGCUAGUGAAGAACAGUGACCCAGCAGUGAAGAAGACCAUCAUCCUCAACAGACUAACUCCGCGCAGCAUGAAGGUCUUCCUGGAGGAGAUAUCUGAACUCCUGCAGUGCACCGUUAGGAGGCUCUACACUCUGGAUGGGAGGAAGAUCGACAGCAUCCAGGCUCUUAUGCAGUGUGCCAGUGUUGUGGUUUGUGUUGGUCGGGAAACAAUUAGACCUUUUCUGGCAGAAAGCUUUAAAAAAAAUUCAGAGGAGAAACUUCCAGGAUUGGGUGCAAGGUCCAGGACAAGCAUUUGCAGUGAAUCUCACGAAAGCAGGAAGAACGUCAACUUUGGACUAGAAACAAAGAAAAGCAUUAUCCAUCCAAGGUCUGAUUCAAGCAACAUGUCCAUGAGAUUUUCCUUAUCAUCUGAGAAGUCUUUUCCCAACAUUUCUCUGAGAAACAGCAGAUGUGAUUCUUACGGGAAUACUUGCCCACAUGCAAAGGAGCCCAUCAUGGAUGAGGACAUAGAAAAGAGAGUGCUUGUAAACAAAGAUGGCAGCCUUUCAGUGGAGAUGAAGGUACGUUUUCGCUUGCUGAACGAUGAGACUCUUCAGUGGUCAACCCAGAUCAAGAAGUCUUCAUUCACUAACAAAGAUUCCUGCUUACAGAAAGAGGAUGAGAUGGGCCCGAUACAACAAACCAAUUCAGAGGCCUGCUCAGGAGUGCAAGCAUUCUGUCCCUAUGACACAGAGGACUCCGACAUUUCAAAGCUCCAUCAGUCUUGUUGUCAAAACUGUUGCAAUCAUUGUCUGGAGUACGAUAUUUGGAAAAAUCCCAUGCAUGCUGCCCACAGCAGACAAGAAGACAUUAGUGCCGUAAGGCACAUUACUUCUUCCAGUUCAAGUGCAUCAUCUCACAGAAGAAUCAUCCACAAAAAGUCAUCAAUGGACAGUUUCCACACCACAUCUAGUGAAGAGUACACAGAGCAUGUGGUAGAGCAGGCCAUGUGCUAUGCAGAGACUGUUGAGGAAGGGGACGCUAGAGUUGAGUACUGCACUAUAAGCCGUUGCUGCAGCCACGGUGAAUCCUGCUCAACUGCCUCACGCAAGGCAGCAAGACCAGAAAGCAGGACAUCUUCAGUAAACAGCCAGUGCAUAUCCUGCCCUAGUCCUCUAAAAAAUUGUGAGACUACUGCUGUCACACCAGUUACAGACAAUGAGGAGAAAAGACCCGGUAGCAUCGCAUCAACUUCUUCCAAGGGCUCAGGAAAUGACACAACUAGUGUCCAAAUCACCGAAGUUCCAGAGGAUGAACGACCCAAUUCAACAUCAAGUAAUUCCUCAAAAGUUUUGGAAGCACUAAAAGAAGAAAAAGAUGACAAUGAGGAUGGUAAGCCACCAAGCAGUAUUUUCAGAGCUUCUUCACAGUCGGAAAACUGUAAGAAAGUCAAAAGUGAACCAAAUGAUGAGGAUCAAUCCAGAAGUGUGGCUUCUAGUUCCACUACCAGCUGUGAAAAGUCACCUUCCCCUAUGUACCAUUUGUCCUCCAGACCAAUUAGCAAGGCAUCAAGCUCUUCCACUCGCUCUAAUAGGUCAAGAAAGAAAAAAGAAUGUGUAGAGUAUUCUGAUGAUGACAGAUGCCUUUCAGUUGUCUCUAGUUUGCCCAACUGCUCCAUUAAGGAGCCAACAGAGGAGGAGGAACAUCAAUCAGCAGUAAGCACAGUCAUCUCUUCAUCCAAACGAUCCAAAGCAAAAAGGUCUAGCAAGGUGCUUCUCAGUGAAUCUGACAGAGUAACUACACCAGGGUCAUCUGUAUCUGAGACACCUGCUGGCCAUGAGACGGACCAAGCAGAAGAGGAGAAUGACGAAAGGCCAAUAAGUACUAUGUCUGUUAAUACCAAAGCUUCUGGAAAAUCCAAAAAGUCCAACAAGUUCCUCUGUAGUAGAUCUGAAAGAGCGACAACACCAGGGUCAUCUUCUAUAGAGGGGCCUGCUGGUCAGGAGAUGGCACAAGAAGCAGAAGAUACAAGCAGUAGAAGGCCAGAGAGCAAUAUGUCUGUUAGUACCAAAGUUUCUGGUAAAUCCAAAAAGUCCAGCAAGUUGCUCUGCAGUGCAUCUGAAAUAGCAACUACACCAGGGUCACCUGCUUCAGAGGGAGCUGCUUGCGAGGAGAUGAAGCAAGAUGCAGAAAAUGCAAGCAGUGGAAGGCCAGUGAGCAAUAUGUCUGUUAGUACCAGAGCUUCUGGUAAAUCCAAAAAGUCCAACAAAAUGCUUUGCAGUGGAUCUGAAAGAGCAACUACACCUGGGUCAUCUGUUUCAGAAGUGGCUGCUUGUGAGGCAAUGGCAGAAGUUGAAGUUGCAAGCAGUGGAAGGCCAGUAAGCAAUAUGUCCGUUAGUACCAGAGCUGGUAAAUCAAAAAAGUCCAACAAAAUGCUUUGCAGUGGAUCUGAAAGAGCAACUACACCUGGGUCAUCUGUUUCAGAAGUGGCUGCUUGUGAGGCAAUGGCAGAAGUUGAAGUUGCAAGCAGUGGAAGGCCAGUAAGCAAUAUGUCCGUUAGUACCAGAGCUGGUAAAUCAAAAAAGUCCAGCAAGUUGCUCUGCAGUGGAUCUGAAAUAGCAACUACACCAAGUUCAUCUGUUUCAGUGGGAGCUGCUUGCGAGGAGAUGAAGGAAGAUGCAGAAAAUGCAAGCUGUGGAAAGCCAGUGAGUGGUAUGUCUGUUAGUACAAAAGCUUCUGGAAAAAGCAAAGAAUGCAAAAUAUGUCAGGAUGAUUGCAGUGAAAAAGCACCAUCUGAUAUCUCUAGCUCUUCCAAAGACUCAGCCCAUAUGAAAAAGAGAACCUCCUCUCACGUUGGAGAUGAUGUGCAACCAUCUAGUAAAGCAUCACAUUUUUCUUUAAGUUCUUGUGAACAUAGGAAAGAGAGCUCAAGCAAGUUAUCCACAUUUCAGAAAUCAGCUUCUAAUCACACUGAACCAUUUGUUAGUGAAACCAAAGAAGGAGUUACUGUAGACCCUGAAGAAGAGGAUAAAAGGCCCUUAAGCAAUGGUUCCAAAAGCCAAUCAAAAGAGAGUGAGCACAGAAAGACAAAGGCACUGUCAACAUCUAGUUCAAGACCAGUCUCAAGUUUGUCAAGUCAAUCAGGCACUUCCAAAGCAAAAACAAAUGAUCUUAAUGUGGCUGAGGAUGAUGAAAGACCACAAAGUAAGAUUUCUAGUGUUUCCUCUUAUUUGCAAGUCAAAUGCAAUGGGAUUAAAUCAACGGACCCCAAAACUGAUGACGAGGGAGCUAACUCUGUCAUGUCUAAAUCAACAAGGUCAAGUAGGAAAGGAUCCAAGAAACAAGUGAAAGAGGAAGACUCAAGUAGAAUCACAGCUCCUUUGUCUGUUUCGUCACAAAGUUUGCAUUCACCUUACCCACCAAAAGGGAAACCUUCUAACAAAAAUGUGAGGACAAAAAUAUUAUUGGGUUCCUCAGAAGGAAGUGUUGCCACAGAAUCCAUCUCAGCUGCUGAGCUAUUGAGAGAAAAUGCUGGAAACUCUCAACCAGCAACAACAGAAUCAGUUUCAGAAAAAAUAGAAUGCAGCAGAAAUAACAAAGGGUGUAAAAACAAAAAAAGCAACAGCAUUUUAAAAAAGAAGAAAGAUGCUAAAGAAUUACUGCCCUCUGCAUUACCAAAUGCAACUCCAACAGAGGUUGUCCAUGAAUGGCUGAGAAAGAUUCCAGGCAACACUUGCAUAUAUGAGUUGGGCGAUGAUUUCCAGGAAAAGUGUGAAGAACCAGUAAUAAAACAACAUGAAAGUCAAAUUAGUGCAGAGCCAACUUUGGAAGUAGAAACAAUGGCAAAAUCAGCUGCCAAAGAAGUGGUCCCCGAAGAAGAGGAACUAAAGAAAGAACUAGAAGGGAAUGGAGAAGAAUCAGAAGUAAAGAAUGCCCAAGAUGGUGAUGUUGAGCAAUGUGGGGAAGAAAACACAGAGACAGUCCAAGCAACUGCCAAUGAAUCUCUUUCCAGUACAGUUCCUACUUACCCCAAUAAAGAAGCCUUCCCAAACAGCAGGUAUACUUCAGUCCAGGUAAUGAAGGUCUUGUUGCAUCACAGUCAAGGAACCAAGCUAGAUAGAUGCAACAGCUUGCCUGAAGUAUCGGCAACUUAUGGAAGAAAGCUUAGCAAUUCAGCCAAAGAAUUACUGAACUGCCUCGCUAGUCUUCAGUUGAUUGAUGAAGAGCCUGAAAACUCAAAAGCCAAAGAAAGCAGUGCAGGAUAUAGAGAGCUCAUGAACAUUCUUCAGUCACUCUGGGUUGGUGAUACUUCUGAAGAUGAUCAGCAAAUGAAACUAAAAAAGACAUUUCAGGACCAUCAAUACAUAGAUGAUGAAUUCAACCAUAGGUCCUCUUCAGGGGUGGAUGUUAGUAGCGGUUCUGUAGGCUCUGGAAAGAGCAUCAUUACCGGUAGAGUGGAUGUUAUUCAAUCAGAGAAAAAAGCUGAAUUACCUAUAACACAAAUCAAUGUGGAGGGGAGUGUAACAUCAACUAGACAUGAACCAUUGCAUAGACUGCUGGAGGAAAAUGAAAUUAGUCAAGAUGAUCAGCACUCAGGACACUCCACACCCAGGUCAAAGUUAAAUGCAAGGUGGGCAGAAGUAUUUUCUAACUCUACCACUCCAGAUAUAGCAAGUCGGGUUCAGUGGAGCCAUGGAAGUGAGGGCAUAGGCUCUGAAGAAGACAAAGAGCAGAAAAACGCUGGUGAAGAGGACACUGAGAGGGAUAAUAAAGCUGAAAUUAUUAAGGAAGAGAAUGAAGAACCAAGUAAGAAUGAGGAUGAGAGCAGUAGUGUAAAGUCACCACAGGAAACAGCAUCAGAUAUUCAAGAAAAAGAGAUGAGUAUAAGUGAGAAGGGAGCCUCAUUAGCAAAAAGAAAUUCUUCAGAUCCAGAUCCAGUUUGGGUGUUAAAUUUACUUAAGAAACUAGAGAAACAGUUCAUGACACAUUAUAUGAAUGCAGUGUCAGACUUCAAGGUCAAGUGGAAUUUAGACAGCAGUGAACAGCUUGAUAUAAUGAUAAAUGACCUGAAAGAAGAGGUUCACACGAGAAUCCAAACUACCAUUGAUAGAGAGCUGAAGAAGAUCCAAGGAAGGGCUGGCAGGAUGCCACACCCUCCUGGAAACACAAUUACACGGGAGUCAACAACAAGAACUGAACAAAGGAGACUGCGCUUGAAGGUCAUGAACAGACGAUCAGUCGAAGGAUCCACUGAAAGAAGUGAUGACAAUUACAAUUUCAGUGGUACAGAGUUUAGUGAACAACACAGUGCAGAUGAAUACUGCCCUUGUGACACCUGUACAAAGAAGAAAAUUAUUGCCAGGCCAGCACAGCCUGUUGUUCCAACAAGUGUUUACAUUCAUAAGGAUUUUGAUCUCAGGCAAAUUCUUCAUAUGAAGAAGGAUAAGCCUGUGGAAAAAGAAAUGGGUGGAAAUCAGGAGAGCUGUACUGCUGAGACAGGAGAUAAUGGGUGUGCAGAGGAGCAAGAAGAAAUGGAAAGUGCUGAUAAUGAAGAAAACCAAGAGGUUGCUGAGGGGGGAAACCAGGAGGAGAACAGUGAGGCUGGAAAGGAAGAAGGAGAUGCUGAAGAGACUGCUGAUAAUGAUGAUGAUGAGGCUCAAGCAGAGGAAGAUGGUGAUGAGGCAGAUGUAGAAAAACAAGAGGUUACUGAAGGAGAAAGCCAAGAGGAGAGCAGUGAGGCUGGGAACGAAGGAGAGGCUGAAGAGACUGCUGAUAACGAUGAUGAUGAGGCCCAAGCAGAGGAAGAAAUUGAUCAGGCAGAUGCAGAAAAACAAGAGGUUGUUGAUGAUGAAAAUCAAGAAGAAAUAGAUGGGGCUCUUGAAGAACAGGUAGUUGAAGAAGAGACAGUUGAAGAAGAAAAUGAGCAAAGGGAUAAAGAAUCAUCAGCAGAGGGAAAAAAUGAUGAAGUAGAUGUAGAAAACCAAGAAGAAUUAGAAGAAGAAGAAACUGAAGUAACAGAUACAAAAGAUAAUGAAGAAGCUCUGGCUGAAGAAGAUGAGGAUGCAGUAGAUGAAGAAAACCAAGAUUUGGAAAAUGAUGUGGGUGGAGAUGAAGAAGCAGCAGCUGAAGCAAAUGAUGAAAAGCAUGAGGAAGACAAAGAAGAUUGUGAAGCAGAGGCAGAAAAUCAAGAGACUGAGGAGGAAAUCCAAGAAGGGGCUGUUGAAAAUGAACAGGAAACUGAAGAAAAUGAGGAGUCACAGGAAAAUGAUGCUCAAGCAGAUGAAGAAGGUGAUGAUGCAGAUGCUGAGGAUUCAGAUGAGACUGAUGUUCAAAAUGAUAAGAAUGAGGAGACUGUAGACAAGGAUGAAGAAGGUGAGAAAGAAGAGCAGCAGGAAGAGGAAAAAGAGGAGGAGAAAGUUGAAGUCACCGAUCAAGCAAAACCUGGUGAGCAAGCAGACGGUCAUGAUGAGGGAAAUGUAGCUUUAGAAGAAGACAAUGAUGAGACAAAGGAAAAUGACCAGCGGCACGAAGAAGAUGAGACUGAAGCCACUGGAGAAGACAAUGAAAUUGAAGACAAUCCACAAAAUGAUAAUAAAGAAUGUCAGAAGAGUGAGGAGGCUGUUGAAAAAAAACCCAGCGAAGUUCAUAAAAGCAGUGAUGAAAAUGAAGACAACAGUGAUGAAGAGGAAGAAGAGAACACAAACACAGAAGGAAAUGAGAUAAGUCAGGAUAAAGAAACUGUUGUGGAAAAAAGCCUAUUUAAUCAGCUGACAAAAUCAUCCAUUGAAUACCAAAAAGGAUCUAUGGAGAAAUCCAUAGACAAAGGAAUAGUGAGGGAUAAUAAGAACAAAAAUAUGCAGAUGUAUGCUGAGUCAUCCUCAGAAGAGGAGGAAAGGGAAUCUGGAUGUGAUAGCCCUGAAGGGAAUCAAAAUAAUGCAGCUUCUGAUAGUGAAAAAGAAGAGAAGACAGUGACUUCUGGUAAAAACAAGUCUACCAACGCAGAAAAGCCCAAAGAACAUGACACUGACCAAGAUGAGUUUGACUUUUAAGAAGAAAAAAAAACAGUUAAUAUUGCCAGAUAUGGUUACAUUAAGCACUUUAUAUUUUCAAUGUUUAUGUGAAGUAAAUUUGUACAUAGAAAUGUGGAAAUGUUGUUACAGUUUUCAGUGUGUGUAUAAAACAUAAUGGCAAUGUUAACAGAACAGAACACUUUGCUUUUGAAUAAGUUGAUUUUAAAGAAAAUAUUUUUUUGUUAUUUUAAUUUCCGUAGAGAAAUACCAUAUUUGGAGUGGAAAUAGACAUGUUACUGUAUUUGAUAAGCCUUAGCCAUUGUGAAUCAGAGCUGGAGUCAGAUAAAGUCCAACAUUUUUGGCAACAGUCAUAAAGCUUUAGUCUAUUAUUGCAUUUAUGUUCUGAUGCUGUUUGAGUACUGCCCUGUGUUUGGUACCACUUCUAUUAAACACAGAGACUUGUACAGAAUAGACAUAUAGCAUGGAAGAGUUUAAAAUGUGUAAUGUCUGCAGUGAGAACCUUGCUGCAUCAUUAUAAAUGUUUUACUGAGGAUUUCUCCUCAUCAUCUCUACUGCUCAUAAAAUAUAUAACAGAAAUGCAUUUUGGUACGAAUCAGAUUUCGUUUUAACAUGGCUCUCUUGUCAUUUCUUAUUAUCACAGUCGGCGCCGCUUUAUCGGGACGCCUCAGGAGAAUGAGAAGCAUUUGAGACUACCUUAGUCGCACUUUUUUUGUUUCUAAAUGAAAAGAAAAAUAAUUAAAUCACAUCACAUUAUGAUCAAAUGUUAAAUACAUGCUUUAAAAUACGAGUCCAUUUUUUUUUUUUUUUUAUUCCUAAACAAAAUAAACCUGCGAUGUUGACACACCAGCUUUCUUUGCAACAGCAGCCUGAGAAACCACAGGAGACUCCAGCUCCUUCAAGAGUUCAACGUGGUUUACGUAAUUUACGAAAGUCACAGCGUAAUCACGUACUCACAAUGAAUAGUUGCACAACACUAGGAGCAGCAUUAUAUACAUCAAUCUGAAAAUACUGUAUCCCAAUUAAACAAAGUGACGUCCCAAUUAAGCAACGUAAAUAGCAUUGGGAAGAAUUGUCUCCCAAAGUUAUAUCCCAUUUAAGCAGGAAUCCCGAUUAUCAGGAUUCCGAUUAUCAGGAUCCCGAUUAGGUGGCACCGGCUGUACUAUGAUGGACUUGUUAGUGUAUAGUGAACUUGUUUACAUUACAGUAUUACAAACCUAUACUAUGUUCAGAAUAUGCAAUAAUGUGCACCUUAAUUAUACUUGCUUUCACAACAUGCUUCUUACUAGUCUUGACUUACCAGUAUGUAAUAUGCCAUGAUUAUAAACACUGUAUUUAUAUAACUGUAGAUUUGUAUUUUAAUAACCUAAUAGGUUGAAUGGUUAAGAGUAUGUGCAAUACUGUAAAAACAAAACUUUACAAAUAAUUAGCAAAUACUCAUUAAUGUAUUUGUGUAUUUAUUUUCCAGCAUUUUAAAAAAAAUGUAUUUAAAAACAUGUUUGUUGACCAUAACUGUCGUGUCAUGUGUAAAUGUGUAUUGUUGUAAAAAAAAAGAAAAGCAAAUCCUAAAAACAAUUGGCUGUAGAGAAAAAUCUGAUUUAAUGUAUAAAACAAAUAGCAAACUGAGAUGAACAUCAAAAUUCAUGGGUUUGCUUCAUGCAUCUUUGAAAAUCAGUCUCUAAAAAGUGGACAGUAACAUUUGAUUCAAGCAUUUACUUUUUUCCUGUCAGUGUAAUAUUGUGUUUGGGAAUGGGGAAAUGAUUAUGCGUUCAUUAAUAUAUUUGACUGCUUUGGUAUAAACUCCAUAAUGUAUUCUAGGUGUAAAUUGUAUAAUGUAUCUGAUCACCUCACUGUAAGACUUUUCAUAAUAUGUAACAGCUAUGCCUAGCUACAUAGAAACUUGCACCUUUUUAAGAUUUAAACAGGGACUCUAUAUCUCUAUAUUGAUCUUCAGGAGGUAUGCUGCAUUGUAAGAAACAGCUUCAAUAUGUCUUGUCAAAACAGAAUAGAGCAGACAGAUGUAACUGAACUUUUAAGUUAGCACAACUUUUAACCCAAAUCCCUUAACAUUUUGCUGCAUGGAGAUAUUGUUCGAGUGGAAACAAAUAUAUAUUUUCCCGUUUCUGUCAUUUGGCCACUGUAGCACAUCUGUUGCUUGUCAACCUACUUUGCACACGUCUGCUGGCUCAAUAUGCCAUGACUCUCUUGUGGUGGUUGCCAUUCCAGAGACAUCAUGUUAGUCAAUGACAUGCAGCCACUGCGCUUCCUCAGUCCCAUCCUUUGAGAAGAGAUCCUUCUGAUUUACAAUGAAGAGUUGCACACCACUAGGAACAGCAUUAUAUACAUCUAGUGGAUUGAAUAAAGCAAAGUUAUCCUCAAACUACAGCGUUGUUGAAGGAGAAAGUGGAAAUAAAGUCUGGAACAUGAAACGGCAACAGGAAAAUUAUAAGGCACUUGUGAGAAAGGGACUUGUGAUUAUUACACCUUCACUGUGCAUCACAGACUGCUCUAUCUUUGGUUUUACAGUAUUAAAUCACAAAAACAGCCAAACAGUAUUAUAUGACUGUCUGUCUACAGAUUUAUUUUUUCCAAAAUGUAAUUUUAUAAAAACUGUUCAUUUUUAAUCAAAUCGCCUUUAAUAUUGUGAGCGCCUUGUUCCAAAAUACUAAUGCUAAUGGUCUAUUUGGAGCAUGGAAGUGUUAUACACACUUGUGUCAUGUCAUCUGCACACAGGACUUCUAGUUUGUACCCUCAGCCUCUUUCACUUCUGUAACAACCAACAGCCCAACAUUGAUCCAAUAAACUAAUACAAUUAAAAUUUGCUAAAUAUAUGCUUGAUUUCAUCAUUUUUGUAAUUAAAGGUGAAUUAGCCCAAACGUUAAUCCAUUUUCUUAGCUCUUACUAACAUUUGGGAACUUUUAUCACUGGUUGUUUUUCAUAUGUAUGGUUCACUUAUAGAAUCUUAUUAUUACCAAAAAAUUUGGAAAUUUGAUUUUUCCAACCCAUUUAUUAUGAUUCAUGUUUUAUGUACAAGGUGAAAUGAAGACAAAAACAAACAUAUUUAUUAGAAAAUAUCUGUUUGCAACAUUUUGGAUCUAAAUAAAAUUGAGGUGUAAGUAAUGGUUCUGUUACUCCAAUUACUGAGUAAUUGUAAUGUUCCUCUAAAUC